CAAUGCAAUACAUUAACGUCAGAAAAUAACAUUUACUCAGCAAUGUACAGAACAAGAAAAAAUAAAAAAUAAAUUAAAGAACCUCUAGAAACGUCAUACAUCAUCGCGAUAUAAGGCGUAAGGAGCAUCUCAAAUUACUUUCACUAGUUCAACAGUGUCGUUGCCAUUAAUGCAGAGGAACAGAGCACUUUUACUUUCAUGAAUCUGCAAUCAUCUUUUAGCAAAAAAGUGAAAAUGCAUGUCUCUAUUUUUCUCUUGUUGUGUUUGCGUGUGCAUGGUUUUUUCAGUGCUGGUUCAGACACAGUGUCUGUGAAGGACGGAGAUUCAGUCACUCUGCACACUGGUAUUAAAAUGAACCAAGAAGACAUUUUUAUGUGGUUUUCCAAUAAAAACGUCAUGGCUGUAAUCACUGGAGAUCUCUUUUAUAUCUGCACGGAUGUUCAGUGUCGUGAUGGUGAUGAGAGAUUCAAAGACAGACUGAAGCUGGACAAUCAGACUGGAUCUCUGACGAUCAUGAACAUCAGAACCACAGACUCUGGAGAUUAUAGCGUAUGGACCUCCAGCAGCAGUAAAAAGAGGUUCAGUAUUUUCGUACGUGGUUUUCUUUCUGAACAAGAUAAAACGAAGAAAAAGAUAGUGAAGGAGGAAGAAUCUGUCACUUUAGAGCCUGGGGUAGUAAAAAAUGCAAAUGGCAUGAUGACGUGGUAUUUCAAUGACAUUCUCAUCGCUGAAAUCAAUGAAGAUCCCAAUAAGACCUGUACAGAUGUUCAGUGUGAAGAUGGUGCUGAGAGAUUCAGAGACAGACUGGAGGUGGAUCAUCAAACUGGAUCUCUGACCAUCACAAACACCAGAAUCAUAGACUCUGGACUUUAUAAACUACAGAUCACCAGCAGAAACAGCAGCUUCAGCAUCAGCAGCUUUAAGAGCUUCAUUGUUAUUGUCACUGAUUUUUCUGGAGUUGAUGUAGUCAAAGUUGCAGUGUCUGUGAAGAAGGGAUAUUCAGUCACUCUACACACUGAUGUUGAAACAGACCAACAGGAGAUGAUUUUAUGGUAUUUUGAUGGCUUUCAAAUUGCUGAAAUCAAUGGAGAUCAGAGUAAGAUCUUUACAGAUGAUUGGGGUACUAGGAGAUUCAGAGACAGACUAAAGCUGGAUCAUCAGACUGGAUCCCUGACCAUCAGCAACACCGGAUACUCAGACUCUGGAAUUUGUGAACUACUGAUCUUUGGGAUCCGAGUCAGUAUAAAGAUCUUUAGUGCUACUGUUGAUGGUGCUCCUAAUGCUGAUCAAGAUGAAAUUAUGAGAAAGUCAGUGAUGGAGGAAGAAUCUGUCACCUUAGAUCCUGGUGUAGUAAAAAAAACAAAUGACAUGAUGACGUGGUAUUUUAACGACAUUCCCAUCGUUGAAAUCAAUGAAGAUCCCAGUAAGACCUGUACAGAUGUUCAGUGUGAAGAUGGUGAUGAGAGAUUCAGAGACAGACUGGAGGUGAAUCAUCAAACUGGAUCUCUGACCAUCAUGAACACCAGAAUCAUAGACUCUGGACUUUAUAAACUACAGAUCAUCAACAGAAACAACAGUGUCAGCAUCAGCAGCAUUAAGAGCUUCAAUGUUACUGUUAUUGGUUUUUUUGGUGUUGAUACAGACGGGGUGUCACUGUUUGUGAAGGAGGGAGAUUCAGUCACUCUAUACACUGAUGUUGAAACAGAUGUACAAGAAAUGAUUUUAUGGUAUUUUAAUGGCUUUCAAAUUGCUGGAAUCACUGGAGAUCAGACUAAGAUCUUUACAGAUGAGCGGCAUACUGAGAGAUUCAGAGACAGACUGAAACUGGACAAUCAGACUGGAUCCCUGAUCAUCAGCAACACCGGAUACUCAGACUCUGGAAUUUAUCAUCUACGGAUAUUCAGCAACAGAAGAGGAAGCAGCAGUAGAAAGAUCUUCAUUGUUGGAAUAUAUGGUUUAUUUGAUGAUAAUGAUACAGAUGGAGUGCCUGCAUUCGUGAUGGAGGGAGAUUCGGUUAUUCUACACACUGGUGUUAACACAAACCAACAAGACAGGAUUACUUGGUAUUUUUAUGACAGUCUCAUCGCUGAAAUCUCUGGAGAUCUAAGUUACAUCUGUACAGAUGAACAUUGUGAAGAUGGUGAUGAGAGAUUCACAGACAGACUGAAAUUGGACAAACAGACCGGAUCUCUGACUAUCAUGAACAUCAACAAUACAUAUGCUGGUGUUUAUAAACUACAGAUCAUCAGCAGAACCAAACUCAGUGGAAAGAACUUUAUUGUUGCUGUGUAUGGUGUUGAAGGACGUUACAUUCAAGUGUUUAGCGACGAAUCUUUAACUCUAGAUCCUGGAGAAGUAAAGAAACCAAGCGAUGUGAUGACGUGGUAUUUUAAGGACACUCUCAUCGCUGAAAUCCCUGGAGAUCAGAAUAAGAUCUGUAAAGAUGAUCAGUGUGAAGAGAGAUUCAGAGACAGACUGAAGCUGGAUCAUCAGACUGGAUCUCUGACCAUCAGAAACACAAGAACCAGAGACUCAGGAUUUUAUAAACUUCUGACAAGCAGUAUUAACAUCAGCAUCAUAAAGAGCUUCAGUGUUCAUGUGUAUGGUCGUCACAUUGUUAGUACAACUAUAAUAUAUGUGACGGAGGGAGAUUCAGUCACUCUACACACUGAUGUUGAAACAAACCAACAAGAAAAUAUUAGAUGGUACUUUAACACACGCAUAGCUGAAAUCACUGGAGAUCUCAGUUUUAUAUGUACAGAUGUCCAGUGUAAUAACGGUACUGAGAGAUUCAGAGGCAGACUGAAGCUGGAUCAUCAGACUGGAUCUUUGACCAUCAGAGACAUCAGAACCAGAGACUUUGGACUCUAUAAACUACAGAUCAGUAGCAGCAGUGGCACCACUUUUGUAAAGAACUUCUAUGUCGAUUUAAAACUUGAUGCGCUUUGUGCUGUUACAGACAAAGUCUCGGUGUCAGUGAUGGAGGGAUAUUCUGUCACUCUACACACUGAUUUUAAAAUGAACCAACAUGAAAAGAUUAGAUGGUAUUUUAAUGGUAUUCGCAUUGCUGUAAUCACUGGAGAUCUCAGUUAUACCUGUACAGAUGUUCAGUGUAAUGAAGAUACUGAGAGAUUCAGAGACAGACUGAAGCUGGAUCAUCAGACUGGAUCUCUGACCAUCACAAACACCAGAACCACAGAUUCUGGACGCUAUGAUCAGACUAACAACAGCUGCUUGAGUGUAAAAGUCUUCAUUGUUGACCUGGUACCUGCUGCUCCUGCUGCACAACGAGAUGAAAUGAAGAGAAAGUCAGUGAAGGAGGGAGAAUCUAUCACUUUAUAUCCAGGUGAAAUAAAAAAAACAAAUGAUCUGAUGACGUGGUAUUUUAAUGAGACUCUCAUCGCUGAAAUCACUGGAGAUCAGAGUAAGAUCUGUACAGAUGUUCAGUGUAAAGAUGGAGAUGAGAAAUUCAGAGACAGACUGCAGGUGGAUCAUCAGACUGGAUCUCUGACCAUCACAAACAUCGACACCACAGACUUGGGACUUUAUAAACUACAGAUCACCAGCAGAAACAGCAGCUUCAGCAUCAGCAGCUUCAAGAGCUUUGGCGUUAAUGUCACUGCUGUUCCAGAUUCAGGUCUGUCUUCAGCUGCUGUAGCAGGAAUAUGUGCUGCUGCUGUUCUGCUGCUGUUCGUUGCUGCAGCUGCUGCUGUGAUCUACCAUCACACACACUAAGCAAAAAGAAAUGGCAUCAGAAAGCAAAGCAAUGAUCAGGUGAAUGGUGGAGAAGUUUUGUCCCCUAAUCAGGCUGACUCUCUACUGAUGGACACUAAUAAUGGGACAACCCCUAAUCAGACUGCGACAGAGACUCCCAGUGAAACACCAAUGUAACAUAUUCAUUAUUCAAUCACUUACACAACAUUUAUUUAACAAUAUAAUGUAUUUUUUGUUGUUGUUUUAAUAGAAACACUUUAACAUAUUUUGGAAUUAUUUAAAUUAAUAUUAGAAAUUUCACUGUAGCUUUUGAAUAAUAAUAAUAAUCAUCAUCAUCAUAAUAACAAACCUUUUGAGAUUUACCAGUAUAUGACAAAUGUAAUGCCUAAAAAACUAUAGCUUCUAGAAAUAAUCAUGAUUAUCUGUUUAACCUUUAUGCAGCAGGACUAAUUGUGACUAAGUCAUGACUUCCGUUGACUAAAAUUAGACUUAAAUGCCCAGACUUUUAGUCAAACAAACUUAACUGGAAAAAAACAGGAUAAGGCUGACUAAACAGAAACACUAAAUAUUACAUUUGACAAAUCUUAUACUAAAUUAAUAAAUAGGGCUGAAGAAAUGAACACUAAAUAGCAGCAGGCUUUACACUGCAAGACUUGUCAGAUGUUUUCUCUGUUUGAUUGUGGUGUCAUAGCUUUGUGGUUAAAGGUUGACGGUUCAAAUCCAGCAAAGGUUGGCCCAUGAAAUCUCACCACUGCAUCCUUGAUCAAACUCUAAAUGUCAGGAGCUGAACCUGUAAUAACUGCAUUGAAAGACACCAUGGGGAAAUGCAGCAACCAAAUGCCUAGUAAG